GCCGUAUAUAUGAAGAAGCCACACAGGUUGCCCACACAAGCUACGGUCCAAGAGAUCGAGGGACACACGACUUUGUUCUUCAAGGAGACCCUAACAUCUGCUUGGCAAGAUGACAACCACCAACUGCGAAGACCAGAAGCUUCUUCAAAUGAUAGACUCGAGGCUCCUAGAAGUAAUCGAGGAAACGGCCGAGGAGCGUGCGCGGAAAAUGGUGGAGAAAUAUCUCAAGGAACGCGAUGAGAAGAUAAAGGAACAGAGGAAAAAAGACAUCAAGACUAUGACAAAAGAUUUCUGUGCCACCACUACUGCUCAUGGAGUCAGCCGUGUGGCAGAAGCUGACACAACAAGAUCAAGGAUCAUCUGGACAGUCAUACUUAUCACCUGCAUCACCCUGUUCGUCUACCAGUCCGCCAUCUUGAUCAAGUCGUACUUUGAGUACCCGGUUAACGUCGACAUCAAGGUGGUGGACAACAAAAAACUCACCUUUCCUUCCGUCACUGUCUGCAACAACAACCGAUUGCGAAAAUCCAAGUUGAGCGGCUCCCGACAUGGCUCUUUACUUGAACUGGAUGAGAGAACUGAGCGUGACGUCAGAGACUACUUGGGGCAGGUACCGGUAGACAUGGAGAUACAAGGAGUCGUGAUCGGGACUGAGCCGGAAGAUGGAACUUUUGACGGUUAUAAUGAGGAUUUUGAGGUAGCCUAUCUCUCCGACGAAAACAGCGAUGCUUCGUCGGUGUGUAGGGUCAGGUCGAAACAACUGUGCACCCUGGCUCAGAUCCUGAGACAUUCGAAGGAUGAUAACAUCAUGUCAGGGUGGAGCUACUACAACAGAGACGGCUGGGCAGCAAUGUUGUCGAGUCAAUGCACCGCAGCCGAUCAACAAGAUACUUGUGACGUGUGUUAUAAUGACAGGAUUCUUCUGCGGCGCAUAGAAGACAUCCCCGAUAAAAUCAACUCAACGUUCUGCUGCCAUCCUGACAGUUACGUCAAACUGACCAAUCAAACGUUUGAAACUCGCCAGGAGGCUUUGGAUUCAGGCGCAUGCGCGAACUUAGUUGGCUAUGUAGAGGGAGAAGCGUGCACCGCUAGUCAGCUGGCUGCAGCCUACAAAAAUGGCGAACGUUUGGACGGUUGGGGUUGGUUUCGGACGAGGGAAAACCUCCAGAUGAAGUUAGAGGACGACUGUUCAAACACAACCGCAUCGACAUGCUACCGCGGAGUGCUCCCAACGAAUGAAAACACUGAAAAAGCCGGUUUGUUCUGUUGCUCUCCUCAAAUGUGCGUACAGUCGGGAUGCACGGCCAAAGUUCCCGGAUGCAGCAAUCCGCUUGGAAUGGAAAGCGGGAAAAUUUACGACCACCAAAUUUCAGCGUCGUCAUUUGUGGACGGUCACCCACCCCAUUAUGGCCGUUUGAAUUCCAAGGUACCGUGGCAGUUUGAUCGAUAUCCCCAUUAUGAUGACAAUCCCCGUUUCGAGGUAGACUUAGGCAGAACGGUUCUUCUGACAGGGUUGAUAAUUCAAGGAGAAACAGUUCAAACGUAUCGUAUAAAGUACGGGAUGACGACAAGUGAUUGGGUUGGCUAUGUAGAUGAGUAUGGCGAAGAAGUUCUUUUCUGCGGCCAUGUCGACGGCAAUGGCUACAACUUCCAACAUCUGCCGCGUCCCGUCAUAACCCGACACGUCGCCAUUCUGCCUCGUGUCAUCAGUGAUGGGCGCAAUAAAACUCUUCGUGUUGAGUUUCUUGGAUGUGAAGAGAGUGACUGCAUCCUCAGCGCUACGCAUGCGAAUUCCUCGCGUAGGAUCACCAUAGAUCCCAGCUCCAUCAUCUGCAGCAGUAAUGACUGUGUGUCAAAUGUCACCACGUACCGCGGGACCGUUCGGUCUGCUGGUAACGCCGUCUGCCAAGACUGGACCUGCCCAAACCGUCACUUCGACUUCUGCCUGGAGGAGAACUUCUGCCGAUCUGCACCGGGUGGAGCUAGCACAGAUCUAGUCUGCCCUUCCGAUACUCGACAAGCGAACCUGACGUCGGAUCCCUGUCAGUCCAUCGCAAGAUGUCCCAUCAGCGAGAAUGAAGACGAACCGGUAUUCCCAACAAGGCACAAGUUUUACCAGCAAACCUACGCCGCACAGUAUUGUGAAGAACGAGGGAAACAACUGUGUUCUCUAGAGCAGCUGGUCCUGUUAAACACAUUCAAAGAUGUCAAGGCAACUGGAUGGGGCUGGAUCAGGAAUCAUGGUAUGGAAGCCAUGUUUGAGGAAGACUGUACAACUUCACCUUCUGAAUUUUGUUUCAACGUGUAUCGAUAUCGAGUUUCAGUCGCCGUGAGCAAUGUAGCCUAUUGCUGUGACGACUCCUUGUUUGAACUCACUGAGCAAAAGCACCGCAACCACAGCAGUGCUGAGAAGGGCUGCCGUGACCGGGGCAUGCAGCUAUGUCUCCCUUCACAGCUGAUGGCCGUCCAUGAGGCUUCCAUCAGGCGCGACAGUUACCCUGAAGACAUCGCGUGGAUCAACAUGGCCGACAAAGUCACACUACUUAACGACACCUGCGGGUGCCUUGUUGGCGAAAGAUGCUUCGAUAAUAAGAUUCCUUUGUUCGAAAUCGAUCGGUCAAAAUCUUACAAAGCGCUUUGCUGUGAGGAGAGUUUCUUUCAGAGUGAAGACAAGUUUUCUCAACAGUCGGAGGCCUUUACAGUGUGCGCCAAGGGAGCAAAGCAGCCAUGUUCACGUCUUCAACUUAAUGACUUGUAUAAUGACGGAGUUAGAAACGAUGGCUUUUCAUGGUUUGUCGACCCAAACGCUGUGGCAAGUCUUCAAGAUCAGUGCAACACUUCAGAUCAUAAUUGUAAAGAUGGCGUAACGUACAAGGACAGCAUUUCAUCCAACGACACGGCCUUUCAUGUCUACUGUUGCAACCCCGAGUCAGGCACAUCGCCACAAAAUCAAUCCAUACCACGGAAAGCUGAUGAGACAAACCACUUCAAUGGCUGCAACAACCCGCUAGGUAUGGAGAGUGGCGUUAUUGUACGUGAUCAAAUCACUGCUUCUUCUUUCCUUCACCAGCGUACAUCCAACCAUGCCCGGCUCAACAGUAGGUCUUCGUGGAAGAUGGAGGAAAAUGACACCAGGCCUUGGAUACAGGUGGACUUACUAGACUCUUAUAUCCUAGCCGGGGUGAUCACACAGGGAGGAGGUAAGGCUGGUGGCUUCGUCAAAACCUUCUCUUUAUCCUUUAGCAUUGACGGAGAUCAGUGGCUGACUUACAGGGAGGACGAAACGAUACCAACAGUGUUUGUCGGAAACAAAGAUGGCGACACCCCUAACCACGUGUACUUCUCUCGCGCAGUCGGGACUCGAUACGUACGGCUGUAUCCGCUGUUAUGGGGACGGAAGGGAGGACUACGUCUCGGAAUAGUAGGGUGCAGGUCAUCUAGCUGUACAAUGUCAACAAACACAGUUGGACAGACUGUUCAGUUUUAUCAUCAUCACCAAGCGAUGUGCGCGGAACCCGAGUGCAUCGUGGGACGAGGCCUGAACUACAGGGGUAAGCAGAACGUCACUAGGAGCGGCCGGCCGUGUCAGAAGUGGAACUCCCAUGAUCCACAGCGUCACUGCACCACUCCCUCACUGUACCCGGAUGCGGAUCUGUCUGAAAACUACUGCCGGAACAUACCGGGUCAUCCGUCUAAAGCGCCGUGGUGGUUCACAGAAGAGCGGGACUGGGAAUACUGCCAUGUCGAGCGGUGUGAAGUCGGCUGUGUAGACUUGAACCUGAACGCUGUUGGCGGUGACAAUGACUGGGCUGGUUUCCUUCUCAGCUCCAACACAGAUGACUACACGGACAUCACGGACUUUUCAAUGGCUACGAGAGAGGAGAUUGCAGAGAUGGGGCACCAAAAGGAAGACCUUAUUGUUCAAUGCACCUUUGACAAAGAACGUUGCUCAUUGGACGAUUUCAAAGUGACACAAAACGCCAAAUAUGGCAACUGUUUUACCUUCAAUCAUGGCGAGGACGGCGUAGUUCGAAACACCACCAAGGUGGGAGCGGAGUACGGUUAAAACUGACGCUGUCAAUCGAAAGGAAGGAAUACGUGGGACUCUUGGUCAGGAUCCAGGAGCAAAGGUCACCAUCCACAGCGUAGGGUCAACGCCGUUCCUGAAGGCAAUGCCAUCAAUACCAAACCCGGGGAGAGCACUUUCGUCGGCUUGAAACGCAGUUCUGUCAAACGACAGCCGCAUCCUACGGAGACUGCACCUCACAUCAGGAAA